GCACACACGAACAGCGACGCUUUCCCGCCGUUGGUUCAAAUUUAAAUUAACGAACUUUUCUGUGAACGAACAUUAUUUCCAAUUGGCGAAACUACCCGAGUGGUACUUGUGAUACAAUUUGGGAUAAGUUACGACUUGAGUACGUGUGCAUUACGCAUUUAUCAGGAUAUCUGAGCAAAAUCUUAUAAGUGGAUCCGGAAGCUUGCGAAGUAAGGCAGCUCCGAUCAUCGGCAUGCGGGAGAAGCGGUAGCGGCAGAAUGGCCGCCGCAGCGUUGGGUCUGGGGCUGCUGAUACUGGCCGCGCCCAUAUCAACUCAUGCUCAAGCUAUUCAAGACAGCCGUUGCUACUUAAUGAAUGGUGGCGCGGUGGAAAGUUUUUUUAUCAGCGAAGAUACCCCGGUUGGAACCGUUAUAGGCACUCUCAGUGUCAAUGGCGAUCCGAGUGAAGAUGAUGGAAAUAUAUCACUCAAAUUGCAAGAAAAAGAUGCUGCAUUGGGCAUUGCUCCGGGGACCAAAAACUUGACCCUAUUACGCUUUCUUGACAGGGAAGAGAGGCUAGGCCCUUCAAAUAUUUAUGUGAAUGUGAGAUGUGAUCGACGAAGAACCACUGAUCCGAGUUUUAUAAUUCCUGUAUCUGUGAGGGUGUGGGAUGUGAAUGACAAUGCUCCAGUAUGGGUUGGAUCUCCAUACCAUGUGCGGCUGUCAGAGUUGACUGCGGUGGGCUCGCGGGUCCUGCCUGGACUGCGAGCCACUGAUGCUGACCAGCCCGGCCCCCAUGCUACAAUUCAUUAUUCAGUUAUGCCAGGACCUAAUUCGGAAUAUUUUGGGUUUGCAAAUGAACUUGACAGUGUACUGAUAGUCAAGCAAGCAUUAGACUACGAGACCCUGAGCAACUUCACAGUGACCCUGAGGGCCCAGGAUCAAGGCCGGCCACCCUUGCACAACGACACUACUCUCUUUGUAGAGGUGCUUGACGCAGAUGAUCAGAAUCCAAAGUUUACUCAUGACCAUUAUACUGCACUCCUCCCUGACGAUGCUGUAGAGGGUACUAUUCUCAACACCGCGCCCGGGCCGAUCGCAGCCGUGGACCAGGACGUCGGCAUUAACGCCCCGCUGUACUACACGGUGACGGGCGACAAGCGGGAGAUGGUGGUCGUCGACAGGGAGACGGGCCGGGUCGCGGCCGCGACCCAGCUGCUUGAGACUGGUGCUCCCGUCACCGUCGUUAUAAGGGCUACCCAAGUGGACAACGCGGACCGCUACGCCCUGGCGACGCUGGCCGUGAGCCGGCGCUCGGGCGCGCUCAGCCGGCGGGCGGUGCGGUUCACGCGGCGCGCGUUCACCACGCGCGUGCCCGAGCACGCGCCGCUCGGCACGGCGCUGCUCACGCUUCACACCGAGCCGCCCGCCGACCGCCAGACGCCGCCUUUCCAAUUCUACGUGUCGGACCGGGGCUUCCUGGACAAGUUCGCUAUAAACAGCGCGGGAGAGGUGCUGCUGCGGCGGGCGCUGGACUACGAGACCACGCCCGAGUACUAUUACCAAGUCAUGGUCACCGAUGGUAUAUAUAACGACACGGCGUCGAUAAACAUAACGGUGCUGAACGUGAACGAGUGGGAGCCGCGGUUCAAGUACCCGCAGUACGAGUUCCGCGUGGAGGCGGCCCAGGGCGCGGGCGGGCUGCUGGCGGUGGGCCGGCUCGACGUGUUCGACGGCGACGCGGGCGACAACGUCACGCUCACGCUGCGCGGCUCCGACGCCAGCAUGUUCUACAUAAACGACGCCGGCGAGAUGUUCAUGCGGCAGAACGCGCUGUCGACGCUCAACUCCAGCGUGCUGCACGUGGUGGCCACCGCCAUCGACUCGGGCUCCCCGCCGAGACAGACGUCAGUGCCCGUGAUCGUGCACGUGGCCGCGCGUCUGCUAGCGCGCGAGCGCGGCGGCGGCGUGCUCAUGUUCGCCGGCGCGCUCUCGCUCGGAGCCCUAGUGCUGCUGGCGCUGCUCGCGGUCGCGCUCGCAUACAUCUACCGCAAUCGGCGUUCUAAGUCGUCCCCGAGUGCAGCCCCGAGCAAGAGCAACUUCGUGGUGCCGGAGAAGCCCCUGCCACCGGCGAGCGCGCUCGGCGCCGCCAGCUCCGGCUCGCUGCUCAGCGUCAGCGCCGGCGCCAGCACCAUCCUCGCCAACUCCACCAGCAGCCUCGACCUGCGCGACCCCGCCGCCACGCACUCCAGAAAUGCAACGGUGACGCGGCACUCGGCCCGGGUCCCCAAGGGCAAGGUGGCGCCGGCGCCGCCGGAGGCGCCGAGCGUGGCGCUCAUGUCGGACCACCUGCAGCGCGCCGGCGGCCGCUCCGGCGUGGCCUGGCCCAGCGCCACCAUACCUGCGCGCGUCAAGAAACUCAGCUGGGACGACGGAGACCAGGGAGGCGGUGAAGCAGAGGUCAACGAAGCAACGAACCCGGCCGUAGCUGAGCACAUGAACCUUACCGUCUACUUUUAAUUCCUUUGACCCAGUCGGCUUCGGUGCUCAGUCU